CACCACCACCAUUGUAACAUGAACGUCCAGGGCGCCUCCGAAGCCUAUUUCUCGCCCUCCAACGUUGCUUCGCCGCUCGCCAGUCUGCCGUCCUUCGCUUCCAAUCUGGCGUCGCUUCCGGGAACGCUAGCGUCGCUCCCGGGCACGCUCUGGCGCCUGUAUGUUGACUACCUGUGGAACUACGACGCGAACUCGUGGGUGGCGCAUGCGGCGUACUCGAUGCGGGUUAUGGCGGUGCUGCUCAUGCUGCCGAUCACGGUGCUGACGAUGUUGGACAUCGCCUCCUACGUGAUCGCGCGCACGCUCGGCGUCAUCGACGACACCCGUGCGAGCACGAGCGACAAACUCCCCCCGCCCAUCAUCCGCAUCCACGCCGCAUCCCGUCGAAAUACCCUCGACCAGUCCUCCGAAUCCACCGCGGACUCCCCGUACGCCUCCACAUCGGCCUCGAGCUCGCCUGCGCACGAUAUUGCGGGGUUCCCUGCCUCGUCCGAUCCCUCCGACCCCAACGCGCCUUCCUCUUCGCACUCAGGAUUGCCCACGUCUUCAGACCCCUUCAGCAACUCUCAACCAUUUAAUUCCGACUUAGCAUCCCCCACCCCCUUCCCACCCGCAUCUUCCGCGCUCCCCACCGAAUACUCGUUCUCAGACGACGAAGAAAGCCUACACCUCCCGGGCUAUGAGGGUAACCUCAAGCUUUCUGGCUAUGGUGUGUUUUCGCCUGCCGCGAGCCAGCCCGGGUCGCCUGUAUUAUCCCGCAAAGGCUUACCUGGGUCUGCGGCGGGGUCUGUUGGGGCAUCGGAGGGGAGGUCACUCGCAGGAUCAGUAGCCGGGUCAGAGGGCAGGGGAUCAGUGCCAGGCACACCGGACGGCACGCGCUCGCUACAGCUCGACGGCGUGUGGAAGGGGCUGAAUGGGUUGAAAGCUUUGGAAACGCCUGAUGGGACGCGCUCGGUGCAGUUGGGGGAUGAGGAUGGGCUGGUGUUCCGGGGGAAGAAGAGGGGGGAUGGGGAGGAGGAGACUUAGGUAGAUGGGAGGAAGAGGCGUAGGCCGAACGGCUCGACGAUACGAUCAGCCUUGCGAACGACUUUGUGUUGCUGUUGUCGGAAGUGGAGGUUCAGACAGCGUAGCUUACUGGCAUUACUUAGAGGGUUCGAGAUAGACAAUGGGCGAUAGCAGUAGCAGAGGGACGAUAUCCAUCCUGAUAUGGCAGAUAACUGUGUGCGGUGUUACUCUAGUUACUGGUCCGAAAAGAAGCUUCAUUUCGCAGAUGCAGACAAAGGACUGACCGUUGACGUACCGGAGGUCUUGAACGGACCAUAAGCGCCGCUGCGAGCGCCUGAACGAACGGCACGCUGUCUCGCAAGGCUACUCGUGGUUCCAUUUCACCCUUUAGUUUGAAGCGGCGCAAGACAGCUC